CAGUAAUUAUUUUGCACAUGCAAGCCAUUGUGUUUCACCUUCCGAAACUACUGUUCUUUCUAAUGUAGAAUACGAUGAACGAAUCCGUUUUAUUCUGAUUGCAUUUAGUUUAAUGCUAGAUCCUAAAGACACGCCUCCCAAACCAAUAAUUGAGACACGAGCUGAAAAGAAGGAAAGGCGUAGAAGAGAAAAGGAAGAGCUGCUUGCGUAUAAGGUUGAACAGGGUAUCGCGCAAUGGAAUCCAGCCGAGAACCCUAAUGCUACAGAAGACCCUUACAAGACCUUGUUUGUUGCUAGAAUUAAUUACGAGACCUCGGAAAACAGAUUGAAGCGUGAGUUCGAAACAUAUGGGAAAAUUAAAAAACUGGCUAUGAUUCAUGAUCUAAACGGAAAGCCACGAGGAUAUGCAUUUAUCGAGUAUAGCGAUAAGUCGGAAAUGUCUAUAAAUGCGCGUACUUGGCUUUCAUUGCUAUGGUUUUCGCUAAUAAUUGCUGUUUUCUUACAGCACUUCGCCAGAUGUUCAUAUUCUGCUCUUUUGCGCUGGUUUCUGGUUGAGAGAAUAGGUUUGUUUGAGACGAAGUUCAUUUGAGU